AUGUCGAACGGUACCUUAUUCAAGGCCGACAAGGACUUCACAAAAGAUGUGGAUGCUCUGGUCCCGGAGGCGCAGGAGCUGGCAAAGACCAACGUCCACCAGGCCAUCGACAAGCUUUUGGUUCUCGAGAAACAAGCCAGACAGGCGUCGGAUCUACCCUCCACCUCCAGACUACUUGUUGCUAUCGUUACUAUCGCCAAAGAAUUAGGAGACUGGAAACUGCUGAACGAGCAAGUCAUCGCCCUUUCGAAGAAACAUGGCCAGCUCAAACAAGCUACGACGAAGAUGGUGCAGGUUGCAAUGGGAUUUAUUGAUCAGACUCCCGAUAUGGAGACCAAGAUGGCAUUGAUCGAAACUCUGAGGACGGUUACAGAGGGCAAGAUUUUUGUCGAAGUGGAAAGAGCCAGAGUAACGCGCAUCCUGUCCAACAUCAAAAAGUCCCAGGGUGACCUUACCAGCGCUGUCGAUAUUCUGUGCGAGUUGCAAGUGGAGACGUUUGGGUCCAUGUCGCGGAGGGAAAAAACUGAAUUCAUCCUGGAACAGGUGUCUCUGUGCAUAGCCAAAGGGGACUGGACGCAAGCCGGGAUAUUGAGCCGCAAGAUUAGCACCAGAUACUUUGCCCGAAAACCCAAGAAGACUCCUGAGGAGCUUGAGAAAGAACAACGAGAGAUCGAAGAGCGAGAAAGAAACCGCAAACCCGAUGACCCACCAAUAGAGAAGCAAGAGGAUGUGACGGACCUGAAAUUGAGGUAUUAUGAGCAACAGGUCAUUCUCGCAAACCAUGAGAAUAAAUACCUCGAGGUUUGCAAGCACUACCGACAGGUUCUUGAUACCGAAUCUGUUGAACAAAACCCAGCGGUGCUGCGUGCGACACUUCAACGAAUUAUCUACUACGUGGUUCUAUCGCCCCACGACAACGAGCAAUCAGACCUCCUUCACCGCAUCCAAGCGGAUUCCCGAAACGCCCUGGUUCCUGUCGAGGCUCGUCUCCUCAAACUAUUCACCAUAAACGAGCUGAUGCGAUGGCCCAUGGUCGCUGAGCAAUUCGGCCCACAUCUCUGCAGCACGGAUGUCUUCGACGCCCAAUCCGACCCAUCAACGGACAACAAGGCGUAUACCCGAUGGCAGGAUCUGCGCAAGCGUGUUAUCGAGCACAACGUCCGCGUGGUUGCGAAAUACUACACCCGCAUCGAGAUAGGGCGCUUAACCGAACUACUGGAUCUCAAUGAGGAGGAAACGGAAAAGUACAUUUCCGAUCUCGUCACGUCCAAGACCGUCUAUGCGAAGAUAGACCGCCCAGCUAGAAUUGUGAGCUUUGCUAAACCGCGAGAUGCUGAUGAUAUAUUGAAUGAGUGGAGCAGUAACAUGAAGAGCCUGCUUGGCCUGCUUGAGCGCAUCGAUCAUUUGAUUACUAAGGAGGAGAUGAUGGCACGAAUUAAUCCGUCCCAUCCCGAGCGAGGAAUGACGAGAGCUCGCUGA